AUGCGGAAGGAUAUCCAUUACGACAACGUCAGAGGCCCAAAAAAAAGAUCGGUCCGGGAGACUGCGAUUGGGUAUCUGUUUGCUAAUUUUGGACUGCAAAGCCCCACCGCAAAGAUGAACAUUAUUGGCCAAGGGAAGGUUCUACGUGCUCUACUGGAUGACAUCGUGGAAGAUUCAUCUACCAUCAUUCUUGAGAUACUAAAGGUACUCAGGCGGGAUAUUGCUAUGGAUGGUGCAAUCUCCCAGACGGCAAAGGGCCGAAUCUUCAAUCAGUGGACGCUUGGCCGGCUUGCUACACUCUACGGCUACAACGAGAGUAAUCGUCUUCCCAAAGUUCAUCAAGAUAUCCAAAAAUCCGUCCACGACUUCUUGGUCCUUCUUUGCACUUCGCCUGGCUGUGGCCUAGUAGAGAAGCAGACUGCAAGCAACGUUGGUGUCCACGCUGUUACAGCUGACAAGACUCUUGGAGGUCUUUCGAAGCCGUAUGUCACAGACAGGGUAGAUGAUGAGAACCGACGUGCUAUCAGAAACUCAAGGCUUGGACUGUUUCUGCAAUCUCUUAGGCCCUAUGCGAGUGUGCCACAAUGUGAUCUGAUGCUCGCCGUCUUCCGACUUAUGCCUGAUAUGAUCCCUGGCUACUUCUCAAGCGGCAAAUCCUUUUCUUUCGACCCAAAAUUGACAAUGACAUGGAUUGGCUACUCUUCGUUCUUACUUGCCGUAAUUAGAAUCCCCUUACCAGAGUCUCUCACACCCCUGAGUACCAAUGACACUGUUCCCCCCUUGUACAGCAAUAUUAUGGGGAGUAUCAUGCCAAACCCAUGUACUCAGAAAGUGAUGACUCGAUGUCUCAAUCAAAGUGUGAGCUUGGUGAAGUUCUUGACAAUACAAAUCCUGAAUGCUGCAUUCGAGAAGUUUGCGAGAGUGCUUCGAAUAUGCGAGGACGUUCAGCAUUCCACGAACGACCCAAAGAACCGUUUGGCCUGGUGCCAAAUUGUGUCAGAGCUACGCGAUGACUUUUGUGGACGUGUUCCCGAAUUGAAACAUGUCAUUACUCAGAUUCGGAAUUGUACCAAGGAAAGCACGAUGCUGCGAGAAAGCACUACACGUCUAAUCGCUUCGUACUACAAGGUCCUACCCCUGGUGGCACUAGAAGAGAAAUUCGAUAUAUCCGCCACACUAUCGACCGCCUUAAUGGGCGUGGAGUCAGCAGACGAAAGCCACAAGGAAAGUGGCAUGCGCCUGCUCGAACUUGGACAUUUACUAGAGAUCGCUCAUCGCUCGCCCAACAUGCAUUGGUGGCACAAACCAGAAUUCAUGAGGCUGUCCCCAUUCACAAUGCUGCUCAGACUCUAUCUCAAUCAGCUACGAUUUGACACCAGAUCUGAGCAAGUCAGGACUCUGUUGAAGACUGUUAUCAGGGGAAGUCAGAUACUACGCUCGGAUGCUUCUAUGACAUCUCUGGAUAGUCUGGUACUCAGCCUACAAGAUUUCGAGGAUUGGAAAGCAUCCGGCCGAAUGUUCGAAUUCCUUGACCACUGCAUUUUACAUGUCGUGAGAAAGCCUGUCCACUACUAUGACACACUCGCCGAUCUUAUCGCCGCUGGGGAGCUUGAUAUCAACUCAAGAGAUUGCCAGGUUGAUCUGUUAUUGAUCACUAUCAUGGAACAAUGGCACUUCCUGGUGAAAAGCACAGAUGCACCGACAGUCAAGUAUGUGUCGAGAUGGGUGGUUCGCUUUAUCGAAGUGAUGAAUUUAGGAAAUGGCCAUGUCCAAAACCUACCCCUCCGUUGCGAGACUACCAGACUUCUCUCACAAAUUCGCGAUCAGCUUAAAGCUGAAGUCCAAGACAGUACCUGCCGUGCGAUUUUCGAGAAGGUCUUACAUGAACGACCCGAGCUUGGAGACUUACCAGGAGUAGUCGCUGCAAAUACCAUUAGCGAGGCAGAACACAUGUCAAGACCUGCAAGUCCCCCUCUGAAUCGGCAUCCAAAUUCACCUGGGUCAACUUUGCCGCCAGGACCACCGGAAGAGCACGAAGAUCACCCCGGUUUGCAUCAGUGGACUCGCCACGACGUCCAGGAUGCCAUCAGCGAAGGACACGUUAAAGGAUUGAUUCUCUGCCUCUGCUCGAAACACGUGGAGAUUCGAAAGCAAGCUCUGAUAGGUAUUCGUGCCUUCAUGAUGAAGCUCAAGGUAUCGGAAUAUAGUGAGUGGCAACAGACGUAUAUGCUUGUUGGAGAAAUCGUCGAAACGGCAGAGAAGGUUAUUGCUCACGGUUCUCUUGCGUAUUAUGCCGGAGUCCUCGCAGCAGACCUCUUUCUAGUGCUUGGUGACCCCUUGCAUCUCAUGUAUGCAAAGGUCAACAAGUUUUUGAACAGAGGUCCCGAAUGGGACGUGACAAAGCUGCCGUCAUACUGGGUGGACAAAGUUCUGAUGAACCCUCCAACGGACGAUGACGACCACCACAAAGAAGCCGAGUGGUUGCUUGAUGGGCUCAUUGACGGGCUUCGCACGUCCGCUGAUAUGGAAAUAUACCGAAAGUGCCACAUAUUUGAGCGGUUGCUGUCGUUCUCUGCAUCGCCAUCGCUGCCAGAGCCUUGCUUCCAGAAAAUAUUAGACCUGCUGUUUCGCUGCACGUGCGUCAAGGGGAGCUCGACGCUUAUCACUCGUUGUGGUCUAAUGAGCUGGAUUUCCUCGCGCCUUGCUUCGCACGCUAUCAACGAUAUGACGGGUGAAAGACUGAAAGGUUUGGCAUCGAGGGCCUACGAGACGAGUGAUCAGGCACGUGUUGAUGACUGGACUAAUGGAACACUCAUGUCUACCCUAGAUAGUCUACGAAUAACAAAGAGUCCAUGA